AUGGCCUCGACCAUCCUUGUCCGGGCGCCUCUGACCCCCGCUGUUCUGAGCAUGGCGAACACCACAACGACCCCUCUUUUCCGGUCGGUGACGUCGAGUGCGCCAGCACUGGGGAAGCUCGACGAAAAGCUGCGUCGAUUGAGCGUCCAAGCUACCCGGCCUGGAGAUAUCCACUCGCAGGCGAAAACGCAUUCUGGGGAAAAGACUGCCGAAGAUGCUGUUGUUGCCGCUUCUGCUGCCGUCACUCCUGCGGGCCAGCGUAUCGCCGAGUAUGAGCAGGCUCUUACCCCUUCGACAUCGAAGCGUGGACAUGGUACACUGCCGGAUGCCGGCCUUUUUCCUGGCUUUCCUUCACAGGGAAGACAGCUUGUCGACUUUCCAAAUGAAAUCUUGACGCACAUCUUCUCUUACUUGCAGCCUGGCUCUCAUGCUGCAGUCGCCCUCGUUUCCAAGCGGUUCUACUCUCUGAUCACCACCCCGCAUGCAUGGCGCAUGGCCUUCCGGCGCUAUUUUCCAGGACAGGAGCCGGGUUCGCAUUCAGACACUUCCAAUUCGCCUGUUGUGCUAGAAGAUGUGGCCAAGUCGGAAGCUCCUCUCUUCUCACGACUGACGUCUCUAGCAUCGUGGCGGAGCGAGUAUCUUUUGCGAACCCGCCUGCUUCGAAGCAUUGCUUCUGGGAAGCCUGGAGCUAUCAUUGGUGCCAAUGGCGAGAGCGUUGGGGCGGUGCGGCCUGGUGGAGGCGUAAAGAAGGCCACGGCGGUGAUAACGUACAGUUCCCAGCUACCAUGGAUGGUAAAUCGCCUGCACGCCGUGUUUUCCAGCACAGGAAAGAAGUCGGCCCGGGUUGUGCAUGGAGCCUCGGAUUUGGGCGUUGCCACAGCAAGCAACCCAGCCAUUGGCAAGCUCGAGAGCUGGGGCGCUCGAGAAUCCUUCGCUGCUGCACAGCUGGACGAGAUAUUCCCCCAGCUGACGCCAUACGGACUUCACGACGGGCCGGCAGCAGUUCCCAACGUCAUGGAUAUCAGCCAGCUCUAUGGCAGCAUCAUCGGCGAGGGCUUUCCUGGAGGCCGUCCUCUGUAUCGCGCCAUGGGCAGCCACGGCUUUUCCUACCUGGAGAACCAUGCGAGAACCCGGAGCACGGCUCAGGACCAAGAUAUCCCCAACAUUUCCGAAGACUCGGAAGCUGUCUCUGCAGUGUGGGUAGCAAAGUCGGCUGCUGUCCCCGCGGUGACUCGGUCCAUGAUUGCGAUGCUAGCAGGCACGACAUUGGGUGUUGUGUCCGCCUACUCCUUGGCAAAGGCAGACUCUGGAUCGCGGUACGCGCACAACCAAGUGACUGCGCGCUGGGUGCUGUGUCCGGGCAUUCCGAUUAUCGCCAUACAAGCCGAUGACAGCUUCAGCGAGAAACGGAGGGCGAUGGGCCGCGUCUGGGCCGUGGCACUGAAUGCCCUGGGAGAGGUGUACUAUCUCCAGGAUGUCCCCACGCCAGCUGCGAGUCCGGCUCCUGCACUUGGCCAGCGUUUGUCUGACGUGCAUGAGAAGCUGGCAUGGCAGGCCGGUCGCACAGCAAGAUGGGAGCUCGUGGAGCUGACCCGUCGGUCACCCACGUCGGACUGGUUUGAUGCCAAGAAUGCAUCGCUUGUGUUGGCAGCAUCUCCGUCACCGCCACGCUCGUCGUCCAACUCGAUGAAACUCAGCCAGGAGCAGUUAGUGGCUGAGGCUCGCGAGAUUGAAAAGUUUAUCGAUCUCACGCCUGCUACUUACAGAUCUGUGUACGACGACGGCUGGGACAUGCGACGGAAGCUCGAGGUGGAUUUCAGCGGUGGCCGCAGUGGCUAUAGCACUGAAGCUGACGGCAAUGCGGGCGAAAGUGUUUUCGUCAUCAGUUGUGGCAUCGAGCCAAAUGGACGCCCAGCCACGGUUACCCGCUUCACCCGCUUUGCCACGAGCGCGACGACACAAGCGCCCUCUCCUGCCUUUCCUGCCUCUCCUGUCCGCUCAGAGUUGCAGCCCACGCCAAGCCACGUGUUUUCAGUCUUUGGUUCUGGACUAAAUACACCAGCCCCUCAAGAGCCUCGCGUACUUGUAGUGCCUCGAGUACAAGCGGCUGCAGAUGGACGGUCGACCCCCACUGCCGGUUGGCAAUCGACGGAGUUGUCGUUCAAAACGGGCAAUAACAAUAUGCACACGGAGAUCACUUGCACUGCGGUAGAUCUAAGUGUCUUCUCCCUGUCGGCGCCCUUUGAAGACCCUCUGGUCCAGCAGAUGGACGGGAAGCUAGAUAGCGCUUACAGUGGGGAAAUUCCUGGCCGUCGAGCGCGAUGGAUUGCUAUUGGAACCAAGACUGGCGCAGUGUUUGUGUGGAACAUGCGCGAGACGUCAUCAUUGUCGUCGUCGGAAGCAGCUGCAGCGGUGCCGUCUGUGCGGCCGCUGCGAGUGAUCCAGACGGAGUCGCCCGAGGUUUCAAGCCUGGCUGUGUCGUCACUGUUUCUCGUGCAUGGUGGAAGCGACGGGUUGGUGCAGGCAUGGGACCCUUUGGCGUCUACGGUCGAGCCGAUCCGGACGCUGAACUCGAGAUCGCAGGGGCGAGUGCCACGCCAUCUAGCUCACACACGUCCCGAGUUUUCGCGGGCCAGUUUUUCAGUUGUGCGAGCCAUCUUCCUCGACCCGGACCCGACAGCCCUUCGUGGCGUGCUGGCCGUGGGCACUCUGCUGCGGUACUGGUCGUACAGCUCGAACAGUUUUGGAUCGAGCCGGAAGCGAUUGCGCCGUGUUCGCCACGCUACGGCAGAUGGACAGCUGGUCAGUCGGCGAUUAGGCGUGCGGGAGAACGGCUAUAUUGCUGCUGAAACGGCCGAGCUGCGGCGUGAGCAAGAGGACGACUCGCGGCACCGCUCCUGGAUGUGCAAUCGUUUCGGUGUCGGCCUGGCCGAUCUGACCGAGGAGGAAGCCGUUCGCUAUGCCGAGAUCAUGUCGCAGGAGACGUUGUUGGAUGAGCAGGUCCGCUCGAGCGGUUUCAGCGGCCCCGACAGCGCCAACGGCUCGUCGGCCGACCAGGCAUCGUUGACAUCUUCGAUCUCAUCCAGCGCAGCCGAGACCCUGACGCCCGCGGCAAGUCUGUCGGAGCAGCAGAGUCCUCCAUCAGCCACGAGCCCGUCUGUUCUGGCUGCUUCCUCUGCUUCGGCCACAUUUGUCACCGAUGACGGCUUUGAGCUGCAGAUUCAGCGCGCCAUCCGACUGUCACUUAUGGAGGGCGUCAAUGACGACAGCAACGGUGAAUUUUCUGUGACGUAUCGACCGGCAAAACAGAGAGAAGACAAGGGAAAGGGAAAGAUGCAGGCGCAGGUGUGGGAACCUGCGGUAGCAACAACGUCAUCGUCCUGGCCCGAUGCUGGCUCGUCGACGGCUGUUGAUGGCGGCAGCGGUGGCAAUGAAGACGACGACUUCCGGUUGGCGCUGGCCCUUAGUCUGCAAGACGAAGAGCAGCGACAGUUGUUGCUGCAGGAGCAGGAAGAAAACGAUGCUGUCUUGGCGGCGACCUUGUACCAAGAGGAGGAAUUUCCUGCACUGGAGGUCAGAGGCAAGGGGAAGGGCAAGGGCAAACACGUUUGA